GGAAGCUGCAGCCGGGGCGCGAAGGACCCAGGAGACCAUGGGCACCUCAAGGCUCUAUACCCUGGUGCUGGUGCUGCAGCCUCAGCGCGUCCUCCUGGGCAUGAAGAAGAGAGGCUUUGGUGCUGGCCGCUGGAAUGGCUUCGGGGGUAAAGUGGAGGAAGGAGAGACCAUUGAGGACGCGGCUAAGAGGGAGCUUCAGGAAGAAAGCGGCCUGACAGUGGAUGCGCUGCACAAGGUGGGCCACAUCUCGUUUGAGUUUGUGGGUUCCCCCGAGCCAAUGGACGUGCAUAUCUUCUCUGCUGAACACGUGCAUGGAACGCCCACAGAGAGUGACGAAAUGCAUCCUCAGUGGUUCCAACUGGACCAGAUCCCUUUUGCAGACAUGUGGCCGGAUGACAGCUAUUGGUUCCCACUGCUGCUUCAGAAGAAAAAGUUCUGUGGGCACUUCAGGUUCCAGGAUCAGGACACCAUCCUUGACUACUCGCUGCGUGAGGUGGAUGAUCUCUAACCCAGAGGUCUGCUUCUGGCCGGAUGCUCCUGUUUUUGCACAGCCACAAGCUGUCAGUCCAAGGGCACCCUGAAGAAGGGCUGGCAUUUUCUGUCUGCAAGAUAUGGCUGAAAUGUGAAAUGUCGCCGAGACAUGUCUCAACAUUUCAUCCCUACCUACUGGUACUCUUUUAGACGGUUAUGGCACUUGUAGAAGGCAGAGCACUGAUGGGGAAACUGAGUCACUGAGGGUCUAAGAUGAAAGACAACCCUUAAGGUCUUAUGAGUAAGCCCCACUUCCUGUCUGCUCUCUGCUUCCUGACUGAUGACACGACCAGCCCCCUCACACUCCUGCCACUAUGCCUUAAGUGCUGUGAGAGACUGUCUCCCUUGAUCUGUGAGCCAAAAUAAACCCUUGCU